AUGGCUGCAAGGUUAGUCUUCGAUUCCAACUUUGGCAGACGACAAAGAAAAGAAAGGGUAUAUAGACAUUUCCAUCACAAUUUUGAAGAGGGGGAAUUUUCAUCUAGGUACAGAUUUUCUAGAGAAACAGUAGCAGAAAUUACAUAUAUGCUGGAGCCGUAUCUGUGCCGCCCAACACUGCGUUCUUAUGCAAUGACUGCACAUGAACAAGUUUUAAUGGCACUGAGAUAUUAUGCGACUGGGGACAAAAUGACAACAAUUGGGGAUACCAUGGGUUUCCAUGUUUCUAGCGUGUCCAGGAGUGUUAGGGAUGUGUCAGCCGCACUGUGUGACAUUGCUCCACAAUAUAUCAAAUGGCCCACAGAUCCAGCAGAGAAGAUGACCAUUAAGCAGGGAUUUUACUCCAUUGCCUCAUUCCCUGGAGUUAUCGGGGCUGUAGAUGGGACUCAUAUUCGAAUCCAGUCCCCGAGAGAAUAUGAACAUACCUAUGUUAAUAGAAAGGGGUUUCACUCCAUAAAUGUCCAGGGAAUAUGUGACCAUACAGGGAAAUUUUUGAAUGUUUCUGCAAAGUGGCCAGGUUCGAACCACGACUCUUUUAUUUUCCGGAGUUCGGACAUCGGCAUUCAUUUAGAAGGAAACCAUCGGGGUAUUGAUGUGGACGGGGUUCUUUUGGGAGAUAGUGGGUAUGCCUGCAGUAGGUACUUACUUACGCCAUACCUGCGGCCUAGUACAAGAGCACAAAUAAAGUACAAUGAUGCUCAUGCAAAAACUAGGGGUGUCGUGGAAAGGUGUUUUGGUUGGUGGAAGAGGCGUUUUAUAGUGCUUCAUGAAGAAAAUAAAUGUGAACCAGGGCGGGUUGCAAAGAUAGCGGUGGCUUGUGCUGUACUGCACAAUAUAGCUCUUCAGAGACAUGAGCCAAUGGAAGAUGAUAUUAAUGGCCCAGGAGACAAUGGGGGAAAUGACGGAGCAGUGCAGGGUCCCAUCAAUGAUAAUGUCAGGAGAUUUAUCACAGAGCAUUAUUUCAACUGA